UUGAGACGCGAAUCGCUCGCUACUUCCCUUAACGCAUCGAAGAACACUUUCUGUAAUUCGCAAACAUCGCGAUUGUUCAGGGGCAAUCUGGUGGCUAUUACGUUCCUGAUUCGGAGGUCGGAAGUUGAAGGUUGAAAGGCAUAUAGCGGCGUAGAUAAUACUCACGUACACACACAGACUGAUGGGCGCGGUACGUAAAUGAUGGGAGAUGUGGGCACAGGAAAUUCCUGAGACGACGUACAAGCCGGAAGUCGAAGAGGAUGCGAGGAGAAAGCGCGAACGUCGAGUCGUUCAGGAGGGUACGGCGUUGUGGAAGCGCCGGAAGGAGGAGCUGCAACGUCAAAAGCAUCGUGAACAACGUGAGUUGCAGAAAAUUCUGGCCAGUUACUCGCCGUGGGGUAAACCAGGUGGCGGCGCGCCCUGUGCGGCGACUCUAAGGAAGAAAAACAUACCUCUGGAUCCGCCUGAGUUACCAAGAAGAUGUCACAGUUACGGUCAGGGUUGGACGAACAAUUCGAUAAUCGACAAGCUAUACAAGAGAAACAUGAAUCCUCUGGCUAUUGCGGACAUGAAUAAAUUCUACGAUGACAAGGCGACGCCAGGUAUCGCAUCGGAAACACAGCCGUUGCAAGACUCGAGGAAUCUCUACAAGGAGGAGAUUCAGGUGUACGAGCUCACGGGCGGUGUCGAAUUGGUACCUUUGUUAACUAGUAGACGCUAUCAAUCGCAUCCACAGACCACGCGUUACCUUGUCACGGAUGCCACUCGUCCGGGAUACAUGAUAGAAUCGCUUCGCGCGCUCGAUAUCGGCAACCGAGAAUACAUUGCGGAUCUUGCCGAGCAGAUACGACGUAAACGAGACAGCGCACUGGAGGAACGGCGGAUCGAACAAGAGAGUUGUCGCAGACACAUCGAUACUUGGACAAGGCUAUGGGGUAGACCCGGUCACGGUGCCCCCAUAGAUCACGCCCAACGGAACAAUCUCUAUAACAUCCUCCAUCACUCGGCUAUCUAUUGAAUUUUCUUGUAAAGCGUUUUGCCUUCAGUGCAAAAGCGAAAGAGCUCUCGUCUCUAUAAUAUUGUAUUUUAUUAUAAAAAAUGAAUAAGAUGGCUAUUAGAUACCGAUGACGCGAACACAAGAUCGGUCGUUUUCGCAAGGAAUAAUAGCUAAGCAUAAAUAGUUUUUCAUUUUCUUCAAAGUAAAUGUGCGUGACGUGCAUUUAAUAACAUCAUUUUGUAUGCGAGCCGCUUUUGCAGUCAUAUCUCAAUCAGGUAUUGCAAUCCAUAAUGCAUUUAAAAUAUAAAUGCGAUUUUUUAUUACAGUAUUAACAAGAUUUUAGCGAACGUAAAUUAUAUCAUUCUCGGAAUAAGCUAUUUAUGGACGAGUGAUGUGUGCUAUAAAACGUUAUAAAAUAUGUUCUUGAAUUGAAUGAAAAAUGUUAUCAACGCUUGCGAGUUUAAUUGGGAGUAUUUUCCACCAUUGCUAAAAUCAAAUCUCAAAUGAAAUUAAAUGAAAGAGUCAGUGAAAGAUUAUAUGAGAAUGGAGCGGAGAAUUAUGGGAUAAAAAUAUGUUAGCAUGUGGGCGCUCUUUGUUUCUCGUGAACCGACUUGACAUGAAAAAAAUGAAGAGUAUAUCGGAUAACCCAUUAAAUUUCAUGAAAGCCUUGCAGGAGAGAGUGAAGGGCAGCUUGAUAAACCAGGGCCAUGAGUGACGCCGCGAUUGACCAGGCCUCAAAGGAGCAAUCUCGUGAGAAUCUAGUUGCUAUACGGGUCGAUAGGUUUUAAAUUUCAUGAACACCAAGGAACGGUCAUUUGAAUAUAUGUAUGUAUAGGUGCAUAUGAUAUAACAUACCGUACCGUGAAAAGAAACGUUUCUCAUCAGUCAUCGUGUCGUCUCGAAAUAUUUUAUACUUUACUCUUUUGUGCUUCUAUAAAAAAUCUAUGUAUAAUUUAAACUUUAUUUUGGAUGCUUCUGAAACGACAAAUAAAACUUCAGAAUUUUUUAAUUCUAGAGCCAAAUAUAUUUAUCUUUUAUAAGAUGAUACUAAAAUGUUUUAUCAUAUACAUUUUUUAUUAUUAUCUGAAGACUAUAUAUAGUCUAUCUAUCUUUGAUAACU